AUGCCUGAUAAUAUUAAUUCCGCAGUGAAUAAUCCAACGAAAAUUGUACAAACUGCUGCCUGGUCUGCUACAAACACAAACUUACCCCCACAUAAAUACAAUCCCAUCCCAGAACAGAUAAGAGUUAUGAUAGUUGAAAAACGUAGAGCCCGAGCUCUUUACAAACGUACUCGCUUACCAUUUCAUAAGCAAAAUUACAAUCGACUAGCAAAUUCAUUGAAAAAAUCUGAUCGCUAA